UUUUAUAGAGUCUCACAGAUCUUCUAUGCAGUUGUUUGGUCAUCCAGGAUCUCGAUGUUAUUCACGGUCGUGCGAAUGACUUUUCCUGGCCCGCUAAGGAGAUGGCUGGUAUGCACCGCCAUCGCAUUUAUGGUUGCAUGGAUGAUCCUUGGUGCCCAAAUCUUUUGGACUUGUGCAGCCCAAAGUAGUUGGAAAAUGCAACCACGCCCUCAGUGCGACCUAGGUAGGAACCCUGCCAUUACGCAAAUAAUCACCGACGUGCUCAGCGACACGAUUUUAAUACUAGCACCAUUCCAUCUGAUUUGCAAAAUCAGACUCAACAAGGCUCAAAAGAUCCGACUUAUGUCUGUUUUUUCGACAUCUGGUAUAACCACUGUCGUCAGCCUUACCCACGCAUACUAUGUACUUUCUGAUGGUGGGUUGAAAGAAGGCUUGACUGCUAUAGUUGAGUCAUCAAUUAGUUUGAUUGUGGCAAACUUGAGUGUGCUUGUCGCUUUCCUCUUCCGCAUCAGCCCUGAAAAAACUACGACCCCUACUCCACCGGAGCUCACAUCCAUAAUCACCGUCGAUUUGGAAAGGGACACAGUACGAUACCCUCACAGCGAUGGUGCUGUAAUUGAGAAUACGGAAACAAAACUAGGUGAUUUCAGCAUGUUUCCAAAGCAAGCGGCGGGAAGAGAGAGCAGUGAUGCCGAGGCUGUAUCCCUUGAAACGCUUACUAAACCAGGUCUGUGGAAUGACGCUUGA